AUGCCUGCGCAUAUGAUAAGUAAGGCAACUGAUGGUAUGAAUUUGUACGUUCAUCCACGAAUUGCUGAAUACUCAGCGUCAAAAGGCGGUGGCUCAAGGCAUCUUCUUGUAAAUAGUGGUACUGAAAGGAUAGUCAUAAAGAUAAAAUGUAGUAAUAACGACCUGUAUCGAGUCUCACCAGUUUAUUCGUUUCUGAAUCCUGGUAGAGCACUUCGAUUGUAUAUUGUUCGUGAUCCGGGUCCGGCUAAAGUUGAUAAAUUGAUAGUGAUUUAUAUGAGUAGUGCUUGUAAAAAUCCACGUGAGGCUUUUGCAACGAGCAGCGAGGACGUGAUUGGUGCAGGUGAUGGAGUGACGAGCACGAGUAAUGGUAGUGGUGAGAGGCGAAAAAAGGUGUUGAUCGCUUUGGUUGCUCAUGAUUUAUCGCAUAGGAUGAUUGUUGCUUCGUUGCUUACCAAAUGA